CCGGGUUCAAAGUGUACAUGAAGGACGCCGUCAUUACGUUUAAUCCUCAGAACGGGCCUCCUGAUCAGCUGCUCCACAUCCUGACCUGCGACUGCCAAUGGACUACGUCAACAACGCCUCCAACAGCUACGGUUCUGGAGACACCAUGAGCUCCUCCUUAGCCAACAUGACCAUCAACGACCAGCACCACCAGGAGAACGGAGUCCAGAUGGGACACAGAAGCCCCGGAGACGCCAAAAUGAAAGUACGUAGCCUAGCUUUCCCCAGUUUACAGCCCUCACUAGUGCAGUCGUUCUCCCCGUUUCUGCUUCCCAUCAUGCCGCGCUCAAACAGGAAGUCAGGCCCGUCUGCAGAGAUAAACGGCGCAUCUAUCAACGGCGAAACACAACAGGACGAGGCGGCGCUCGGUGAAAAUGGGGUGAAAUCUGUGUCUGAACUGUCUCGACCAGCGAGCAGCAGCCAUGACGACGAGGUGCCACCUGCAGCGGCGCCUGCAGAGAGAGGCGGCGACGAGGCCGAGAGCGCCUCAGGUGAAGACGAGGGCCCGCCGGCCGGAGCAGCUUCAACAGCUCAAGCAAAGAUGGAUAACGGCUCUGCAGAUAAGACUCAAACUGCCACCAAACCAACCUCUUCCCUUAAAAGACCAUCCAUAGUCACCAAGAGCAGCAAAACACCCGACUCGUCCCGAAACGGCCCCAGCUGCAUCCCCGUUAAAGCCGGCAGCACGGGGCCCAGGCAUCCCGGAAGUCUUGGUGCAAAGUCUCAAACCGCCGGAGCCAAAACUUCUGCCAGAACUUCAGCUGGACCAGCUAGUGCCAAGAAACCUCCCACUCCAAAAAAUGAAAAAGACGCUCAGAGUGGACAAAGCAGCCCCGGGACUCCAAAAUCGCCCUCGAGCCAGGUGCUUUCUGCGAAGGCGGCGGCCGAGGCCAACAAAGUGAAGAAGGUGGCGGUGGUGCGUUCCACGCCCAAAUCCCCGGGCUCGCUGAAGAGCCGCCCGCCGGCGCCUCUGGCCGCCGCGGCGCCCAUGCCGGACCUGAAGAACGUCAAGUCCAAGAUCGGCUCCACAGACAACCUGAAACACCAGCCCGGAGGAGGGAAGGUACAAAUCCUUGAUCAGAAGGUGGACUAUAGUAAUGUCCAGUCUAAGUGUGGCUCCAAAGGCAAUAUGAAACAUGUACCCGGUGGCGGCAAUGUCCAGAUCCUGGAUAAGAAGCUGGACUUGACUAACGUCCAGGCUCGCUGUGGCUCUAAAGACAACCUGAAGCACACACCCGGUGGAGGCAAGAUUCAAAUUGUGCACAAAAAGAUCGACCUGAGCAGCGUGACCUCUAAAUGUGGAUCGAAAGACAACAUCCGUCAUAAACCAGGUGGUGGAAACAUUGAGAUCAAAAAUGAGAAGCUGGAGUUCAAAGUUCAGUCCAAGAUCGGCUCUCUGGACAACAUCGGCCACGUCCCUGGCGGCGGACAGAGGAAGAUUGAGACCCACAAGCUGACCUUCCGUGAGGGCGCCAAGGCCCGCACUGACCACGGCGCCGAGAUCGUCUCUCUGGAAGACUCCCCCCACCAGCUCAGCACCGUGUCCUCCUCCGGCAGCAUCAACAUGGCCGACUCCCCGCAGCUCUCCACGCUGGCCGACCAGGUGUCCGCCUCUCUGGCCAAACAAGGCUUGUGAGCGCACCGCCCUUCCCCCCCUCGUCCACCUCCACCUCGACCACACGACCACGUAGAGGAGUUGUGACGCCUCCCUCGUUGUUUUCACAGGACUUUUUUAGCUCCCAUCACUGUUUGUCCUUCACUAACCUUUGAAACUGUUCUUGAGGCUUCACCUGUAGACGUCCGGAGAAAAACGACGAUUAACGAGUAGCCGACAUGUGUUAAAUUUCUCUCUGUGGUCUCUUGAUUUGCUCUUUCUACCUUUUGUAAUGUCCCUUUAAGAGCCGAAGCACCCAGCAGAGCAGAGUUGUCCCCCGUGGAAGUGAGGAGUCCUCUUCCUCCUGGUAAAUCCGGCCUCAUCUAACACACACUGACUGUGAACCCUUUAGGUUUUGACCGUCCCUUUGAUGGCUGUCCCCCGAUGUCUGUUUUUUUUUUUUUUUUUUUUGAUAAGAAUAUUAACCGGGAUGAUGGAGGGCGAUGCUGACUGUUAGGUGCCGGUUUGUGCUGAAGCAGAAGGAGCAGUUGCAGCGUUUGUUGACGGGGGCGUGAGGAGAAAACCGUUAGAAGAGAAGUAGCAAACUUUGAUCCAGGCAGAAAAAUGCUUUCAGACCUCACAGCUGUCUUUGCUUUGUGUAGUCCGACACGUCGCGGCGCCUCCUGCAGGUCGCCUGGAUAAAAAAAACGAACGGCUAGAGUAGAAACUUUGGUUUGUGUUGGGCACAGUUUUCUAAUCGUACUCUGUGGAUAUAUGACAUGUAUUUGAUAUGAAGAAACAUUUGUAUCGUGCCUGCUGCUGUCGGUGUUUUUUGUUCUUUUUUGUUACCGCUCUAUUGUAAAUGCGCUAAAGCUUGACGUGCGAGGAGGAGAAUUAACCUUAAGGCGUUUAAAGUGUAACUUUCGUGGCCAAAUGAUGAAGAGGAGGGUGAGUUCAUCAUUGAUUACAGUAUUUAAACUGCUUCGUGCACAUAGAAUAACGUUCAUCGCAAUUAUUGAAAAAUACGAUUGUUAAAGCGAGACUACGUAACUUCUGCCGAACGGAGGGGACAAUUAGGAGCUAAUGCUAAAUGCUAAGCUAAUAGUUAUCCUUUAUCUAAAAUGCUAAGCUAAGAGUAGCUCAAGUGUAAGUGUACUGACUCUAAUGUUAAUUGACCUUACAUUAGCUAACAUUAGCCACCAUUAGCUCGUGGUCGUACCAGACCAAACGAAACGCUUCGGACUCUUUAGCGACACAAACGGUGAAUUUUCCUGCCGAUGAAUUUGACUUUUAUCUGAUCAGAACAAGAUUUAAUUUCUUCUCAGAUGUUGCAUAGUCUCACUUUAAAGGUUGAACUAGUAUUUUAAGCAUCACUCUACCAGAAUGAAUAUGGCUGUCGUAUUGUACCGCAGACGGAUGGGUGGAUGGAUGGAUGGAUGGAUGGAUGGUGGGGGGAUGAGCUGAUUGGGCCACGUUGAGAUAAAGGAUUUGAAAAGAAAUGAGCAAACUGUACAGCAGUGCGUUAAUCAUGACGUCUGUACCCGAAACACAGGAUUCAUCAUCCGGCUGCUUUCAUCUCAUCGAAGCAAAAACUACACCGCAUGGCCAAAAGUAUGUGGACACCUGAAUAUUACACCUGUUCACUGUGUUAACCUGCUGCUUUAACAGCCUGCCUGCAGACAUUCACUCCCAUUCAGCCUCAAGAGAAUGAGUGAGGUCCAACACUGAUGCUGGUGAUCAGGUGUGCCGUUCCAGCUCAUCCCCAAAGGGUGAGGUCGAGGUCUGGACUCAGGCCAGUCCAGUUCUGUCACCUGGCCUGAAAAGGUGAAAGUAUCCAUUGAUUCAAAAGCUCAAAAUCUAAGAUAAAAAAGAUCAGAGGAAGUGAUGCAACGUGAUGUUUUUCUGCUUUCCUGUCCUUCAAACCACGGAGGCCUAAGGCGGGGCUGUCCACAUACUUUUGGCCACAGAUUAGAAGAUCCUAAUGGAGUUUUUACACACUGACUGAUCUUGAAGGACUCUGAGAUGAAAUGAAGGCAGCCGGCCGGAGAUGAAUCACCUGUCCCCUGAAACUCCCCUCCGCUCAGAGACGUCCUGACGUCCAUCAGUGCUCCUGGUCAUUCAUCGCUGUCCCUCAGUAAUAUAAAGUGAAGACCUUCUUGCAUGCCCCUCAUGUAAGAGACAGCCGUCUGCUUGUUGCCUCCCCUUCACUAAGUGGUCUCUGUGUGUGUGUCUCUCUGGAUCUGAUGCGGGACGUCCCACACUUUGCUCCCGGCUGUGUGUCGACAUCACCUCUGUUACAGCAGCAUCACAGGACUAACAUUAUCUGCAUGCUAACUGCUUGGUUUUUCAGACAGACCUGAUGCUGAGGGACAGACUGCAGAGGCGACGUUGUGUGUGUGUGUGUGUGUGUGUGCGCGUGGUAAAGAGUGUGUGUUUGUUCCGGAGCAGUCUGAGAGGUUUCUGCAGUAACAAAACUCAUCACCUUUCUUUGGUUACUUCUGACGCUGUACAGUUGUGGAAAUGUGAUUGUUCUCGUUAUUGUGCAUUUUAUCAAUAACUGGUUUCUGAUGACUUGUUGCUGUAUAUGUGUAUUUGAAAAUAAAUGCUAUG